AUGGCAGAAGUUCAAGGUUUAGAUUUUUCUAUGCACGUGGUUCUAGAAAUCUCCAUUGCUUGCUUAUCGAGCGAUUGCAUUACGUUCGUUCUCUGGAAGGUCGGUGCUAAACGAGUGUGGGCAUGUACUGAUUCACAUCUCACUGACUCUUCAUCUGCGAUGUCGUGGUAUUCUAAUAUCUACACCUAUGUACGAGAAUACAAGCAGAGAAAUCCAAUCCGUGGCUUUUUUCUUGCUCGUCUGCUAAAUAUUCUGCUUAUUGCCCAGAUUCUCGGUCUUGCAUACAGUACUUACGUCUACUUUGCCAUCGUUUGCGGAUACUUCGUUCAAUCAUCAUUGCAAGCUACUCUCUACAUUUGCAUCCAUGUGUCGCUGGCUUUUAUGGCUUCUUGGUCGCUACUGACUGCUUUCUUCCUGAGCGUGAAGAGAAUUCCCCCAAACUGGGCUGUACCUGCAGAAGUUGACGAGAACCUAAAAAGCUGCACGCCUUUUGAAAAUGGGCGUUAUGUAGUUGACAAAUCUACACCGGAACAGACUGUCCAGCAACAUCGCAUACUGACGAGGGUGGCUGCAGAUCUUGGAGUAGUGCAAGCUGAGUGCGACCAAGCGGGCAGAAAUAAAUAUUGUUAUAUGUGUAAAACCUUGAAGCCGGAUAGAUCACACCAUUGUUCAUCUUGUGGAAAAUGUGUGAUCAAAUUUGAUCAUCACUGUCCAUGGAUAAAUCAAUGUGUUAAUUACGCCAACUACAAACCAUUUCUACUAUAUAUUCUUUAUAGCACCAUAACUGUGGCGUGGUUUGUGGUAACAUCACUAGAAUGCUUUGUACGAUUUGUCUUGAACAAAAAUUUCCUUGAAGAUGCCAUUCCUUUGGGGCAAGUUAUUCUUGUUCUAGGAACAUACGGCGUUUUCGGUUACUAUCCAUUGGGUGAAAUGGUCAUAUUUCACUUUGGUUUAUUAUCUAUCAACGAAACCACUUGUGAACAAGCUAAGCCUGCUAACUUGAAAUUUGAUUUCAAAGCUGACUACAACAUGGGCAGGCGGAACAAUUUUCAGCAGGUAUUCGGUUGGGGCCUAUGGUUGUUUCCACUAAACACAACAGUAGAAGAUGGCAUGCACUUCCAAAUACGUUACGUUGAUCCAGCAAACCAGAUGCGAUACAAAAGAAUAGUAAAUGACCGAAUAACCCGUACAUUGACAGGCGUGUAGGUUGUGUAUGUUCCCGACAUGUAAUCAUUGAUCUCGAAUUUUUCAGGAGUCACGGAUAAGCACCCUCAUCAGUUUUUCGAAAAACCUAUAGCAAUUACAUUUGUCAAAAGAUAAUCGUAUUACAUUACUUUCUUGUCUUCUUCAAGGGUUUGCAUG